AUGGAAGCAAACAGAUUAGAUCAAGACAAACAAUCUUUAAUGAAUAUAUUAGAGUCACUAAAUCUGAGUUCAUCUGAAAUUGAUGACACCGAAUUCAAUAUUCCUAAAGUCAAUGAUAUUCCUACUGUAGAAAGUAUAUUAAAUGAUGAAGAUAUUUCUUUAUUAAGUGAAGAUGAUGUUACAGUCUACCAAAGCAAAUUAAAAGUACCAUGGUAUGAUUCAGGAACUGAUUCUACUUCAUUGGGUAGCUCAAGUAGUUGUCAUAUAAACACAGAACAACUACCAAAAUGCUUAAAUUUAAAAUCAGAUCCUGGACGAAUUUUACGUCAUACAAUUCUGAAGCCUGUUUCCAAUCAAAUGCAUUCAUUUUGCGAUCGUUUUGAUGCUGGACAACCUAGUGCUAUUAAGUUUUCGCUUCUUAUUGCCAUUGGUACAAGCAAAGGUUUUAUAAUCUUAUUUGAUUCUUUACAAACAUUCCAAUGGUAUCAUGAAGCUGUAAACUGUGGUGCAGUAUCCGCCAUUGAUUUUAAUCAUGAUUGUUCUCGACUAAUUGUUGGAUACAUAAAUGGAACAAUAAUAAUGUUUGAUUCUUCUUCUACUACUUGUAAAAUACUAAGAGUCAUGAAUGAUGCACAUACUCCAGAUACUGCGGUAUUGCAUCUAAAAUUCUCAGAUUUGCCGAAUUUAGCUAUUGUGAAUAAUAGUGCUGGUUCUGUGUUUGAAUUAAAUUUUAAAAGAAAUUUUGGUAUACGUAGUGUUGAAUCAAAAUGUUUAUUUUCUGGUGGUCGUGGAAGAGUAUGUUGUAUUGAACCAUUAUUAUUCAAUCAACUAUCCAAUCAUCCUAUGAAUGGCUAUGUAAUAAUAGCAAUGGCUACUCUAUCUAAAGUAAUCAUUGUUACAAUUCGGCCAAACACUGAACUACUGUUAUCAAACAAUAUAAUUUCAUCACGUCCAUGUUUACCAUUACUAUCUUGGCAGUUUGUCAUUAUACAAUUUAAUAAAACAUUAAAUUCAAGUCAUAGAAUUAUGGACCCAGUAUUAGCUUUUACACGAGAUGAUACAGUCUACUUUUAUCAAGUUAAUAUCAAUGACCAAGAUCGUCUAUGUUGUUGUAUUUUACAAAAAAUUAAAUUAUCAUACACAAUAAUUGCAUGCAGCUGGAUGAAUGCACGUACUCUAUUGACUAUGGACUCAUCAGAUAAAGUUUAUCUUGUUGAUGUUCGUGUAGGAGAUGAAAUGGAACAGUCAGAUCUUUUAAAUAUUUCCUUAGUUUACACUUCUAGCUACUAUAAUGGCAUAGAUAGUCAGCAUUUAGAUAAAUGUUGCUAUAGUUCAGUUCAUGGUCAUAAUAGUCAAUUAAUAUUGUUAGGAAAGAAGAAUGUUCAUAUUAUUAGUAUAAGAAGCUGGAUUGAACGUCUGGAUAGUUUAACAGAUAAAAAACUAUUUAGUGAUGCAUUGCAAUUAGGUGUGGAUUUUUUGGAAGAAAGAGGAAAAGCUGUUCUUGGUCUUAGAGGUACAAGAGCCCAUAGACAUAAAAUAGUUAAAGACAAGGUCAUAAACAUUGUUGCUUUAUAUAUUGAUUCUAUGGUGGAUACAAAUAACCCAAUAAAUUAUAAGGAAGGUAUUCCUAUUGUAUUUGAUAUAAGUGUACAUCUACAAAAAACAAAUCUAUUGUUUAAUCGCUUAUGGGAUGGAGUAGAGUUAAUUGAAUCUUCUUGCAAAGUUUACUUGGAAUGUUUAAAGAACUAUUUAAUUGAAGGUCAAUUUGAUGAAGUACCAACAAUUAUAGUUCAAAAGUUAUUCACAUAUCUUUCACACUCUAAUCAAUUAAAAGAAAUUGAAAAAUGUAUGCUUAAUGUAAAAGUUGAAUGCUUAGACAUUGAGCAAUCUUUAAACCUAUCAAGAGCUCAUGCAUUGUAUGAUGGUCUCAUAAGUAUCUGGACAAGGGCAUUAGAAGAUUAUUUAGCACCCUUACAAGAACUUAUUCCUAAAAUUAUUCCAUUGCCAAAUGGAGAGUAUACAGAUGAUACAAUAGAACUUGGAAACAAAAUUUUGAUUUAUUUAAGUGGGUGUUUAUUAGGUAUUGCAUAUCCUAAUCGAGGCUAUAUACCUCAACAUUUACAAGAUACAGUUAGGAAUAAUAUUGUACAAUUAUGCUCUCAACACAGUAUUAAAGCAAAAGACGAUGAAGAUAUAUAUCCAUAUCUCAGAAUUUUGCUUAAAUUUAAUACAACAGAGUUCCUAAAUGUCUUUUCAAUGGCAUUUUCCGAUUGUCGUUUUAUGAGUCAACAAAAACAACGUAUUUGUUGUAUUUUAACAUCACUUACAAUGAACAGUAAAGAUUUAAAAUCCAAUCAACUAGGUUUAGUUUAUGCGUUUAUAGUACGUUGGCAACAAGAUGAUUGUAAUUUUAUGAAACUUGAUAAACAAGUUUUUGAAACUGUUACAUCAAAGUUGAUAUCAACAGAACAAACAACACCAAUUGAAGAUAGAGAAAAAGCAUUUAUUCAAUUAAUACGCUCUGGUGCAUUUGACAAUAAUCCUGAUUUAUUGAAAAUUGCAGAAGAGGCAAAAUUUUAUACUGUCUGCAGAGAAAUUUGUUCAGAACGUGGAGAAUUUAGUCAAAUGUUCAAAUAUUAUAUACUUGAUGACUCAAACAAAUAUCAAAUAUUUUCAUUUAUUAGUUCUAAACCAGAAUAUUUUGAACAACUUUCUUAUGAUAACUCAAAGGUUUUACUGGAAAUUGACACAAUUCAAUGUGGAGUAAUAUUUGGAACAUUUUAUCCACAUCUUGUUUAUGAUGUUUCUAAUCAAACAAAAACAAGCUAUCAAAGAUAUCUUUUUUUUAAAGGUGCAAUACCGUACAUAAAUUCUGAUAUGAAACUAUGCACUUGUUAUUUGGAACUCUUAUGUCAACAUGAACCAAAUGCUGUAAUGGAUUUUGUAAAAACAAAUGAUUCAUUACAUUUAACAAAAGCAAUGGCUGCAACAAAAAGAGCAGGAUUAGACAAUGUUACAGCUAUAUUUCUGGAAAGAUUAGGAGAUUUCCAAGGAGCAUUUGAUUUACUGUUUAGUAAACUACAAGAAGCCAUUUUAAAGGAAAAUGCUGUUGAAGAAUGCACUGAAGUUUUAGUGGCAUUAGCUCAAAGAGGAUCUGCUGUGCUGGAUCCCAAAAUAACAUGGCUACCAAUUUUACAAUGUCUCUUGAAUCUUCGAUCACAUGAUCAUUUACAAAAAGUUUUGGACAAUAGUGAUCUUAAUUUAGCCACUGAAAUGCAUUUGCUUUUGAAUAGUUCAACAAUAGCUCAGGGUACUAUUGGACAUUUCAGAAAUCUUAUAAUGGGUUUAAUUGAUAAAUGUCAGUAUGAACAAGAUAUAUUAAAGUCCUUUGAAAUGUUACUUCAUGAUGAUUUACACAGUAAAGUAGCUGACGCAAUAACUAUAGCUAAAAAAGGUGUUAGUAAUCCUAUAAUAUGUUCAUCGUGUAAUCAAAAAAUUAUUAUGGAACCAAUGUUUGUUUUCAGAUGUGGUCAUGGAUUUCAUUCAGAUUGUUUAGGUUUGAACACAACUUGCACAUACUGCAUCUUUACUAAUGUCAAAUUGUAGUAUUAAUUAUUUACCUAUUUUAAAUGUUAACCAUUGUUAAAUAUUCCUUAUUUAUUUCUUUAAUUAUUAAAAUAUAGUUAAUUUAUACAAUA